AUGGUUGAACCACCUCGAACCUUGCGACGGAGCACCAGAGUCGACACAGAAACACAACAACGGAAUCCGAACGAGCCUCUUUUAACAGCAGAUUGGCUUGAGACUAUAGUCAUGGGGCAUCGUGUGCCGAGCGCGAUUCCUGCCCCUUUGAGAGCAGAGCUCUCCCAAAAUCAAAAAAGUGAACGCUCAUCUAUGCGGCAAUACCCGGUUCCCGGUGUCCAAUCUGCUAUGAUUCGACGCGAUCCAAUUGCCUUGCGUGAAAAUCCUGCCACGAUUCAUCUGCCGUCGUAUCUGCCCCCAAAGGCCGAAGCGUUGAGCCUGUUCCGGUAUUACUGCGCCUAUCUCGAUUUCCAAUAUCAUCUUAUCAUACAAAUUCAGGUCGAACGGCAGAUUGAAAGUAUUUAUGAGCGAGUUGCCUGCAACGAGAGUAUGAAUUUCGGUCAUGCUGCCCUGCUGUUCAGCAUAAUUGCCUCGGCCAUCUACUACAAACUUCUGAUGGAAUCAUCGGAAUGCGCAGAUCUCUGUAGCCAGGAUACCACAUUUCUAGCCGGAGCUGCGUUGAUUCAAGGCAAUUAUAUUGCAUACCCGACCAUCGAAGGACUACAAGCGACUAUGAUCAUCGGUCAUCACCUUUCCAACAUGAAUUUACCACCUUCCGUCAGUUCAUUCUUUGUACACAGGUCAUUUAUGAGUCAAGCCAUCAGCAUGCGACUUCAUCUCGUGGACUCACGUCAAUCUGUGGAUGAGCGUGCAGCAAAUGAAUUUGACAAAACCAAUGUUGAACUCAAACGUCGGUUAUGGUGGGAUUUGGCGGCAUAUGACUGGCUAUUAGGUUUCCUCAGUGGUCCCCAGGAGUGGACAUACACGGUCCAACCGGAACAAAUGAAAGUACGAGAGCCUUUAAAUGUCGAUGACAAGGAUAUCGAACACACAGAAACUGGCUUGCCUCUUUCUUCACCGACCGAUAUGUCAUACAGCCUGUGUCGAAUGAGAUUGGCUGUCGUAUGCCGUCACAUAGUGGACGAAACGGCAGAGAACCAUCUUAAUGGGCAAGAAGUACCAUAUGAAACAAUACUUGAGCUGGAUCGCGAACUUCACAAAGCCUGCGCUGAGAUCCCGGGCUUCUUCCGUUUUGAUCGAACCUCCCGACGCCAAUAUGCAGCGCUCUACCGCGAGCGCCCGACUUUAGCAUGGCAACGCUCUAUCGUACAACAAGGCUACCACUCCCGACUCUGUCGCUUGCAUCGCCACUACUUUGUGCGUGGAGCAAAAGAUCCCCGGUACUCCUAUUCUCAUGUAGUGUCACUUCGUUCCGCGCGCAAGGUCCUGGAGGUGAAGCGCAUGAUGGAUAAGCAAGAGCCCGUGUUUACUCCGCAUAGUUCGAUGAUAUGGGCAGUCAUGCACCACGUUUUCAUGGCGGCUGUUAUUCUACUUAUCGAUGUCUGCUUCAACUGGGAUGACAUCUUGGAAGAAAAAAGGAAACAGGAAGUCCUGGAUGCAUGUCGCAUGUUGAGCCGGGCACAGCAAUCCUCACCCAUUGCUCGCGAGGGAAUAAAUGCCAUGAUGGACAUCCUGCGAAAAUAUUGCAAGCAAGAAAAGAGACCCAUUUCUCGUGGAUCGCAGGCAGACCCCCCUGCGUCUUCUAUACAGAAUGUCGCAGCCGCUAGUGUCCCACAAGCGGAUUUUGCUGCGACUACUUCUCUGGGCCCCAAAAUGGUCAGCUUCUCUCCACAAACUUCCGACAGUCAACCGACACUGCUGUCAGAGCCCUUGUCGGAUCCGUUACCUCUUGAGGACAUUUGGACAGAGAUCCUUGAUGGCAGCGCCUACGCGGAGCUAGAUACACCUGACUGGACGGAUUUAUUGACUGAAUUGACGGAAGCCACUAUGCCGUGUGAAUAA